AUGCUCAUGCGCGCGAAGCGCAGGCGGUUGAUCAACGAAGCAUAUGGCAAAGUUCUAGAAGUCAGUGUUGGCACUGGCCGUAACAUGGACCUCUACGAUCUUCGACCUUUCGAUCUAGAGGAAGAAAAGAGAUAUGGGCGGAGUCGCGACAGAUUGAUCACAAGCAUUACUUUCAAUGACCAGAGCGAGGUCAUGGUACAGCAAGCCACGAACAAGUUCCUCUCCACUGAGCUGAAGAAGCCAGAGGACGAGCGGUUCAGAGGUGAUGUGACCUUUGUCAUUGGCGAUGCACACAACCAAGGCGUCAUUGACCGGCCUAAAGGUGGCUUCGACACGAUCGUCCAGACAUUUGGCAUUUGCAGCAUGGCACGGCCGGUCGAGUUCUUGCAGACGCUGGGCAGGCUCUGUCGUCAGCCUGGGGAGGCAGCUGCGACGGGCAGGGGCGACGAGGAGAAAGCUGACCAAGGCGGUCAAAUACUCUUGCUCGAACACGGACAUGGAAAGUAUCAAUGGCUGAAUAACUACCUCGACAGCAAGGCGAAGUUACAUGCUCUUCACUAUGGCUGCUGGUUCAACAAGGACAUCGACCAAGUCAUCAAGGACAGCGGCCUCAAGGUCGAGCGCAUACGGCAAUAUCACGCUGGGACGACGUGGGAGAUUGUCCUGAGGCCGAUGAUAGCGACGACACACAACGAGGCUGAUUGA